AUGAAGAGAAACAAUAUUUUUAAUUCAGUAACUCUGGUCCUCCUCACAUUUCUUACAUUUGUGCUGAAAAUGGAGAGCCAUAUUGGGCCACCGGUUAUUCACCUGCCACCACCGUCUUUUCGCCCACUUUGUGCACCUCAGCUAGCACUAGUAAGUUAUGCUUGUGGAAUGUUACCUUUCACUCCAGGAUCACAUCCUUCUCCAAUCUCGCCCCCACCCUCUCCUUCAUCCCCAGACGACGACGAAGGACGUCAGAGUCACCACGACGAGGGACAUCAGAGUCACAACCACACGCGCGGACACAGACACAGGCACCGACACCACAGAACCUCACAAGAAGAUAACUGUUGCCGGUGGGCUAGAGACAUAGACAGCCGAUGUGUGUGUGAGAUUCUAGUUAAGUUGCCUCUUUUCCUCACAAGACCUUUGCAUGAAUACACAGUGGUGAUUGGAGAAUCUUGUACGGUCACUUACUCAUGUGGUGGACCAAUAUGA